AUGUCGCCAGCUCUCCCUGCUCUUCCGCGAAGCGAUAGUAAAGCCAGGCUCUUGAACCACAUCGGUCUAGACAUGAGGGACAACAUGCAUCGCCGGAUCUAUACGCUAAUGAAACUCGAAGCCAGCGAAGGCCGAAAACGAAUCAUUGCAGUCCUCGAUGCUCGUGCAACGGCGGUCGGGGCCGUUCCUGGCAGCAGCAGGCAGUCUUCAUAUAGUACUUCGCAAGUCGAUGAAGAGAUCAUGGAUGAAGAAGUUCGGCGGAUAUAUCACACGGCACAACCGACCACGAAGACACUAUACGAUCUCGCCGUAGAUCCGGAGCUCCCAGAACGACCGAACUGGAUCAUACGGUGGAUGCUCUGGCAUGUUUUCAGGUAUCGCGAUGGUCGACAAGCACAGAAACCUGUUGGCGCAAACGACGCUGUCGGAAACGGCGAUGAGUCGCCCUCGCCCACAUCGCAAGUUGCAGUGCCAGUGACAAUGACGCGAGGUUCUGGUGCUGACGGUCAUGGUCAUUACCGUGGCUACUUCGAUCCGGUCCGUGGGAGGUAUCGGAAUUGAGCAUCGGCUCUGGAGGAGGAAUCCUGAUACGCCAAGCAAUGCAAUACAUUGAUUGCAUUGGUUGCCGCAGAAUGCUCCAUGUAACACAUUCGGUGCGAAGCCCGUCGCUACUACUUGCCGCUUGGUGCUAUGGAUCCCGCGCCGCGAGCCAGCUUGCUGAUGGACUGUUGUAAAGCGUGGCAGCCAUGAGACGAUGAACGGUGCUAAUAUUGGACCACAAAUUACGAUACAAUGCGCAAAUAGGAAACUUCUAUGGCCAUAAUCACAAACUUCUCCAGUGCUAACAGCCAAGCUGUGCCGCAUGCGUCUGAAUGAUGUAGUGGCUGCGAGAUAGUAUCGGUUCUUGGACACAUCUGCGGGACCCACAAUGGGGGGGGGCUGUCGCGGACUCGGUCCUGUGUCCUGCACAAGGGAAGUGGAAGCCGCAUGUGGUAUCCACGUGCUAGACUGCGCAGGGAUGCUAUCUGUCGACUUCUUACUGGCACGACUGGGCGACAAGAUUGCUGCCCGAUUGCAAAUGGUAGGUGAUAGCUGUAGCUCCUGCAGCAGAUGCCCAUUUUUCCUGCGCUCAGUGGCGUGAUGGUUGCUCGGUAGCUGAGGCACAGGCGUUUCCAGAAAUACAUUUAAACAAGCCACCUGUAUCGUACAGUGUAAGGCGUAUGAGGUGUAGACCGUGUUCGGCUGUAGGCUUCUUGAGCACUCCAAAUGACAUAUCCAUCGAACUUGUCAGGGCUGAGCGAAAAAGAACACUCAUCUAUCGUCUGUCUCUUGAUCGGGGAGGCCGGAACCUCAACAUCACAAGUGCUCUAUUGCACCAAAGUGACCAGCAUUGGACUGCUGUAACGAAA